AUGACCGAAGAAAACAUUGAUGAAGAUGUUCUCUAUGUUAUUCAUCAUUUAGUUGAACAACUUGAUAAUGAAAAUGAAUAUGAAUCAGAUGUUCAUAUAUGUGAUGAUUGUUCAAUAAUUGAUUCUUCUGUGAAACGUCAAAUUCGUCCUGAACGUGAAUCAACAACAAAUUCAAAUAUUGAUUUAUAUUUAUGUGAUAAUUGUGCUCAAAAACGUCAUGAUGAUGCACAAAGAGUCUUACAAGAUUUAGAACAUUUAGCACAUGAAGUUGAACAACGUUUACAAGCAAUUGAAAAUACUGAAAGAGAAUUAGAUCAAUGGCGAGAUGCACAAUUACAAAAAAAUCGAGAUUUUUGGGAUGAAUAUCGUCGUCAAGUUGAAAAUUUUUCAGCAUGUCGUAUUCGUACACUUCAAUAUGAAUAUACAAUGCGACAAUUAAAAACUCAACGAAUAAUGAAACGUCUAAAAUGUGCCAAAUAUAUAGCUGAAAAUAUUGAUCAAUUACGUGAACAAUUACAUGAUUUACUUCAACCAUCAUUAAUUGAUUUACUUUCAUCGGAUCAAUUCAAAACGCAAUUUUCUUUAUUUUUAUCACCUAAUGAUGAGAAUGAAAAUUCAACGACAACAUUUGAUCAUCGUCGAGAACUUUAUCAACAACUUGAACAAUUAACUUGUUUAGAUAAAGUUAUUGUACCUGGAGAUGAUAUUGCCAUUGAUGAUGAAAUUAGAGAUGAAGUUGAUGAAUGA